AUGGCUGACAGCGUUCAAAUCGUCAAGGGCAAGCCUGCAUUUUUCGAUCUUAUCAGCAGUGAGCAACUGGUUGUUGUCGAGGCCUUCGCUAUAUGGUGUGGUCCUUGCAAUGCUAUCUCCCCUAAAGUGGAAGCAUGGAGCCAUAAGUAUCCUGAUGUCAAGUUUGCCAAAUUUGAUGUUGAUGAGGAAGAAGACCUUGCCCAAGAGCUAGGAAUUCGUGCUAUGCCCUCCUUUUACUUCUUCAAGGGUGAUGAGAAGAUCGCUGAUUAUGUGGGAGCGGACGCGAAUGAGAUUGAGAAUUUGAUCAGGGAGCACAAAUGA